AGAUCGCACCAAUAUCAUCCUCGUCUAACACCUUGUCGUGGCGACGAACUCGCUCGGUCUUCUCUUUUCCCUUUCCCCUUCUUCCCCAUUUUAUCUGUUCUAAACCCUAAACUAACUCGUGCUUACAUUCUUAUCCACAGCUGGGAGAAGUUUACUCAUGAUCACUCGAUCUAGGGCAAACUUCCAUGGAGGAGGAGCGACGAGUGUGGAUCCGCUGUUGGUCUGUCAAGGAGAUCAAGGAGGCUCUCGCAGCGAAGCGGGACAACAAGCGGCACUUCAAUGCGAUUGAGUUUUAUUGUGGGCUGGAGCCCUCAUACGAAGGUGAGUUUGUUGAUCAGGUGAGUGCUGCCGUCGAGAGUUUUGGAGGCACAGAGGAGGAUCUGAUUGGUGUGCUCAACUGGUGCAUUUCAAACCCGCCCAGGUUAGACAGGGCUCUGGAUGUGGGAGAUGCUCCUGGUGAUGGCAGUUCGUCUGCUGCUGCUGCUGCUCACAUUGACAUUCUCAAGGCCGCUUUGGUACCACAGCUCGACAUCAGAUUCAUCCACUUCGCUGCCAGGGUCGCUUGUAGGUUGGGCAUUCCCAGUGAUCGGAUGCAAAGGGUGGCAGAGGGCAUUGCUCCUCCUCAGCAGGGACAGGAUAUUUGGCAGAUUGAGGUGCAGAGGUUUGCAAAGCUUCUGAUGAUAGAGGAAUUCAAGGUCUUGAAAGGGCUAGCUUUCUAUUGGGAAGGCAAAGACAUCCUCACACCACCUCAGGAGCUUGAGAUGGCCUUUGCUCAGCUCGACUGCUUGACAGAGCUCUGGUUGCGCAAUGUUGGGAACCCAGAGACUCUCCUUAGCCAACUCCUUAGGAAAGCAGGAAACAACUUGAAACGUCUCGAAUUGCUGGCGAACAGGAUGACAGUGGAAGGAUUUGGGAAAUUGAGUAGGGAUCUGGCAAGUCAGGAGUGCAAGGUGGAAGAGUUAUCCAUCAUCGAUACGGACAUUGGCAAGGAAGGGUGGGAACAGGCAUUUCAGAAUGGCAUUUGCAAUAAGCUAGUAGAACUGAGGGCAUCGUUUCCAGAGGGGGCAGGUGAAGCACUCUUCAAGGCACUCACGAGUCCAAACUGUUCACUGCAAAGACUAUACCUAUUUGUGGGAGCAAACCUUCCACUGAUAAGACUAUCACGCUUCAAGGCACUCACGAACAGCUUGGACUCGCUUAGACUAAACCUACUUAUUAGUGAUCCUGGAGUGUUGCCAUGGGUAUGCAAGGCUCUUCAGGAGGGCACCAGCCUGUCAGUUUUAGGUUGCCAAUAUAUGGACCUGAGCAAUGCAACCGGCCUGGGUGAGGCCCUGAGCAGCGCUAAGUGUGGCUUGGAGGAACUCAGCGUUACACUUUAUCCAGGUGAUGGUGGUGGAUGGUUGGGCAAUUGCAAGCUGAUCAAGCUUCAUCUUUAUUCGCAUAGGCGACACCGCCAGCUUCCUCUGACCCUUAGAAAGGGAGGAGGAGUGGUCUGGGACAGCAGUCUGUGGUCAGCUCUCUCAAGUCCACAUUGUAAGCUGCGCCAUUUGGGAAUAUGCGGUAGCACGGGACAAGACGAUGAGUUAACGUUGGAGUUUGCCGAGGGCAUAGAGAAGAGCCAACUGGAGCAUUUGCGUAUAUCGGAGUGCAAAAUCACGAAUGGGGAGCUCUUUUGGAAAGCUAUCACCAGCUGCAAGUCUCUGAAAGCUUUGUCAUGUGAGUCGGAGCUGCCAUGGAGGUGCCUUUUGGGAAGCAGCAUUGAAGACUUGAAAAUAUCUGAGCGAAAAUUUGAAAACCUGGAAGAGCUUUGCCAGUUGCUGGGGGAUCCAAAAUGCAAGGUGCGCAGAUUCAGGGCUCGUUUUCUUGAUAGUGAUGCACAGAAAAGACAAAUUCUGGCUGCCCUGGAGGAAAACUACCAAAGCCUCGUGGAAGUGCUUGAGCUAGGUGAUGAUUCCGAAGCUUCUGAAGCUUUCAAGCAGAGGUGUUCUGGUCUUUUAGAGCGGAAUGCAAUCUUCCAGCAGAGUGCAUUCAAAGACUUUGACAACCCGUCAACAGCAAAGCUCUUCUUGUGUGGUGCUAGCAGGGUUGGAAAGACCACAAUAAAAAAAAACCUCUGCCGCAGAGUGUCUUGGUUUCCAUCAUGUCUCCAAAGGCAUGCUUCAACAGCAGGCAUUGAGCUGCAACCACUUGUCUUUGCGACCACCAAACAAAAGCUGCUCAUUUGCGACCUGGCUGGACAGGAAGAGUUCCAUGCUUUCCACCAGUACUUUCUCAGAGGAAGUGAGAAGGAUCUCUUCUUGAUCGUAUGCAAGGUGGAGGAUGACAAUUGUGACGUUUUCAAGCAGAAUUUGGUUUACUGGCUGAGGUUCAUCGCUUCACAUCAAUCAGCCUCACCCAAAAGGAAGCCCAGGGUCUUGAUUGCCUUGAACUUUUUCACUCCAGAACCCGACUUUGACCCAAAGGAGGUGGUUUCUGCAAUAAUCUCCGACAAAGGCUAUGGGCAAGUACUUGAGUUUGGGACAGAUCUUUGUUUUGAGGUGGUGGCCACUCAAGUGAAAGCUUUAAGGGAGAUAAAAACCAUGUUGGGGAGUUGCUUGGACGAACUGCUGUCAAACCAGCAACAAAUACCACAGGAAUGUCUUGAAGCAAAGAGGAAACUGGUACAAGGUGCAAGUCACAAGAAGGUCAUACCCCUAGACAAAGUUGGCGAAAUCCUCUUGCCUCACAGGAGUUCCGAGAAUGUUCUCAAAUUUGUCUUGCAAUUUCUACAUGAUUCUGGUGAUGCAAUUUACUUUGGCUUGGGACAUGAAGAGGACGACAUUGUGUCUCAAUUUGUCAUCUUAGAUGUCCAAUGGUUUAUGAGGGAUGUGGUGCAACUCUUCAUACAUACUGAGACAAGCAAACUCAAAAGUAAAAUGGAAACACACAAAGUUAAACAUCAGUUGAAGCAACAAUGUGGGAAGCAAGACAAAAUAGUGGAGUACAUUCUUGGAGUGCUCCAUGAGAUGGGAGUGAUAUUGCCUUGGGAUGAAACAUGGGAUGGGAAUUGGCAUAACUUGCCCAAAGAGUUGAUAAUGCCAACACUAUUGCAAGAAGACUAUUCACCUCCAGGAUAUUUAUUGUCAAUUAACACUCAAAAAAACCACAACUACUGGGGCAGGAGGUUUGAAUGCAAAGACAAGGACCUGAAAUUGUUUCCUGCAAGUAUUUUCACAAAGAUCCAAGUUAAACUUCACAAAUUAAGCAAGAAAGGUUUCAGGCUUGGGAAUGGAUGGGUGGCUUUGAAAAAAAACCUUAUCGAGAUAAUUGUGAGAGUUGGGGGAGACACAGACAACUGGAAAGAUAGGCAAUGGGUUGAUGUCAUCAUUUACUACCCAAAAGAGGUAGAGAAUACACCAAGGCCGGAUUUAGAAAAGGAAGCUGAAGGAUGGAUGGAAAAAAUUAGAAAUUGCAUUAUUGGGGUAUGUAUGGAGGAUUGCCCAUCUUUGGAAAUUGAAGAAAAUGUGAUGAGACGUGGUUAUGUAUGGAGAAGGAUACUAAAUAAGGUGGACAAAUUAGAAUUAUGGGCUUCAGUUGUUUGUCCACUAAAGCAAGUCAAAUAUGAAGCAAGAGAAAGAGGUCUAGAAUACUCUCACACUUGGAAUUAUUCACAUGAAGCAGAGAGUUGGGAUGUGAAUAAUGAUUUGAAGGUCUCAGAUGAGAAUGCUUUGGCUAAGCUAUUGAUGCUUAAGGAGCAAAAACAUGAACUGGUGAAUAAGUUUGUUGAACUUCAUGAACUCUUGAAGGAUUAUGAGGAGGUUGGAGAAGUCACAAUUCCCAAAGCAUCAUUAGAUGUUGUUGAGUUUCCAAACAUUGAAGACCCAAAACUUGAUGCAAUCCUCAAAUAUAUUAAGAAGAUGUUUGAUAAAAUGGAGAACCGUUUUGACAAGUUAGAUACAAAACUUAAUGACAUUGAAGUAAGCGUUAAUGAGCUCAAAAAUGGACUCAAGUCUAUCAUGGAUAAAGUGAAUGCAAUCCAUACAACGUGUUUUCAAGUAUUAUUGAAAUUGGAGACAGAUUACCCAAAAUAUCCAUAUAUUCUUGAUGAGAAUAAUAUGUGGAAAAAUUACAGUAAAAUACUGGGAACACAUGGUAGACUUCAUUACUUGUGUGAAUGGCCUGAAGGAACUUCUAAAGGUCAUCAAGUAAAGAGUUCUAUAGGUGUUGAAUUGGAUCUCCCACCAAAUUGGCUCAAGAAAUUUGCUCCAGUACUUAAAAAUACAUUGAUCCUAUUAUUUAUUGGGGCCAAAGUUGGAGGACAUUUUGCUGGUGUUGGAGAGAUAGUGAAUGCAAUCGUGGAUGAGAUCAAGGGAAGGCUUAUAAGUUUUUUGGAUUCAUGUCUUCUCAAAAGCAAGAUAACUACAAAUCCCAAAGCAGAAGAUGUGCAAGAGAUAUUUAAGCUAGUGACAACUAAAUUUGGGAAACAAGAAAAACAGGAGACAAUCAUGGAAAAACAUUUUGCUCUUCAUCCCAUAAUCUUGGAGGGAAAACAAAUAUGGGUCUGCAAAGAUCAUUAAUCUAUAUUUUUAUGAGGUGGUUUAGCAAAAUGAAGGUCUAUUUUGUAGCUGAAGUUAAUGAGUGUUGAAUAUCUAAUAUUUUAAGUGAAGGAAAAGCUACCAAAUAUUUUAUUUUUUAUCCCAUAAUUUUGAUGAUAAAACAAUAUAUAUUUACAAAGGGCAUUUAAAGUAAAUCAUUAAUUAUAUAUUUUGCUCUUCAUCCCAUAAUCCUGGAUGAAAGAAAAAUAUGGAUCUGCAAAGGUAUUUAACAUUUAAGUUUUUAGUUUUAUCUAACAAACACCAUUCUAAAGCAAAUCAUCAAUAUAUAUUUUUACGAGGUAGUUUGGAAAGAUGAAGAUAAAUGAACAUACUUUAUAUAAUUAUUACUAUAUGUCUUUGGAAUGAUUGGGCUAUAUUUUGUAAGAAAAGUUGAUGAAUGUUGAAUUUUUAAUAAUCAAAGUGAAGGAAAAACUCAUCAAAUGAUUUCAUAUUAAUGACAUUUUGAUAUGAAAACUAAAA